UCCCUUUCAGUUCCCUUAGGAAACACCCCUCACCCUCAACAACAGAGUUGUUUUGCAGAGCUGAGCAGAGGGCCUGCUGCUGCUCCAGCUGCCAUUCCUUUCCCCUUUAGGAAGGCUGCCAGGAAUGACAAGGGGAGGGGGAAGAAGUGGGCGGCAGUGGCAGGAGGCAGCGCUGGGGAGAGUGGGACCUGCGGGCUCCAGUCUGAGGACUCUUCUCUCUGCCUCUCUCCCCUGUUGUGGGUGCUUCUGCUCAAACAUACCAGCAGGAUGAGUGGCGGCUUCCUGAGGCAGCUGCUGGCUGAGGAGGCCGGGCACUCCACCCCAGUGGGGCGCCUCCUGCUCCCCGUGCUCCUGGGAUUCCGCCUCCUGCUGCUGGCUGCCGGUGGGCCUGGCGUCUACGGCGAUGAGCAGAGUGAAUUCGUGUGUCACACCCAGCAGCCGGGCUGCAAGGCUGCCUGCUUCGACGCCUUCCACCCCCUCUCCCCACUGCGCUUCUGGACAUUCCAGGUCAUGUUGGUGGCUGUUCCCAGCGCCCUCUACAUGGGUUUCACCCUGUAUCAUGUGAUCUGGCACUGGGAAGAAUCAGGAAAGGUGAAGAAGGAGGAGGAGACCCUGCUCCACGAAGGGCAGAGCGGCAGAGGUGCCCCAGGGGCUGGAAGCCCCCGGCUGCUCUGGGCCUAUAUGGCACAGCUAGGGGCUCGACUGGCCCUUGAGGGGGCAGCCUUGGGAGGGCAGUACCAUCUGUAUGGGUUCCAGAUGCCCAGCUCCUUUGCAUGUCGUCGAGAGCCGUGCCUUGGUAGUAUAACCUGUACUCUGUCCCGCCCCUCUGAGAAGACCAUCUUCCUAAAGACCAUGUUUGGGGUCAGUGGGUUCUGUCUCCUGUUUACUCUUUUGGAGCUUGUGCUUCUGGGUUUGGGGAGAUGGUGGAAGAUCCAGAAGCACAAAUCUUCCUCCUCUAACUACCGCCCAACUUCAGAGAGCACCAGAAGACACAAGGAACCAACUGAUAGCUUUCCAGUGGUGGAAACCAAAGAGCAGUUUCGAGAAGCAGAGUUAUGAAGACACCUGGCUUGCCUGAAGGAAACCCUAUAAUUGGAUCUUCUUCCCAACAUCCAUGGAGUGGGGACUCAUAUCCAUGACAAAUUAGAGGCUGUUGAAG